GUACACGUAUGUUAUCAACGUUUAGCCUGAUACUUUAGGUCCCUCAGUGGUUUAUGUUACAGUGUGUGGAUGGUCUGGAAAAGGGAGACAUUACAUUGCAAACUUUGAAGAUGAGUUCCAGAUUGUCAGGUGAAUUGGAGAAAGACAAGGAGGAAGAUGAGGAGGAGGAAGAAGAAGAAGUAGAAGAAGAAGAAGAGAGCGUCAACCCGACGGAGGUGAAAAUGAGUCAGAUAGUGAUGCCUUGUCACAGCAACCAUCGACAGGAGCUGAGCGUGGGAGAGCUGCUCAAAUGGAUGGACUGCAGUGCCUGCCUUUCUGCUGAGAGGCAUGCUGGGUGUCCCUGCGUCACUGCUUCCAUGGAUGACAUCCACUUUGAACAUACCAUCAGCGUGGGUCAGGUGGUGAACAUCAAAGCAAAGGUCAACAGAGCCUUCAACACCAGCAUGGAGGUGGGCAUAGAGGUGAGCUGUGAGGACCUGUUCUCUGAUCGUCACUGGAGGAUUUGUCACGCCUACGCCACCUUUGUAACUCAACGCACAAACACAGGAAAAAAGGUGAUCUUGAAGCCCAUUGUACCCCACACUGAGAAAGAGCAGGUUGAAUACAGCGUGGCGGCUGAGAGACGGAGGGUCAGGAUGGUACAUGAUGACAUCAUCAAAGAUCUGCUCUCCCAUGGGUCUAACCUGCAGGCUGACAACUCAGCAGUAGACAAUGCGGUGGCAGCAGAGAAGACCAAGGUGGAGAGUAUUGAACUGGUUCUACCCCCACAUGCUAACCAUCAGGUGAAUACAUUCGGAGGGCAGAUUAUGGCCUGGAUGGUGAAUGUAGCUACAAUUUCUGCCAGUCGUCUGUGUCAGGCUCACCCAACUCUGCGGACUAUCGACAUGUUCACCUUCAGAGGACCAUCUCAGGUUGGAGACAGACUGCUGCUGAGGGCUAUAGUCAACAACGCCUUCAAAAACAGCAUUGAGGUGGGGGUGCGAGCAGAAGCCUACCUGGAAGAAGGGCCUAACCGACACAUAAACUCUGCCUUUAUGACCUUCGAGGUACUCGACAACCACAGGAAGCCAUGCUUGUUACCACGGAUACGCCCCGAACCUCUGGAAGGAAAGAGGAGGUUUCAAGAGGCCAUAGCUAGGAAAAAGAUCAGAUUGGACAGAAAGUACAUAAUUUCACACAAGCAGGGCGAGGUCCCUCUAUCUGUACCAUGGAACCCCAGAAACCAGGUGUAUCUGAGCUAUAACAAUGUUUCAGCUCUGAAGAUGUUGGCUGCUAGAAACAACUGGCGCCUCAGCUCUGAGAAAGACAAGGUUCGUCUCUACACCCUGGAAAGGAAGUCCACGUUGAGCUUCAGGGUGGAAUUCGAGGUGGAUGUUCCUGCUCAGAGAGCUUUCUGUCUGCUGGCUGAGCUGAGCAACAGGCCGAGCUGGGACACACAUUAUCAGAAAUGUGAGCUUAUCCACCAGGUGGACGAAGAUGACUUCCUGUAUCGCGUGGUGACCCCAUCAGUGCCUCGCGGCAGAGUAGGUUCCCCGACUUCAGGCCAUCAGAGAGAAGGGAUUCUCCAGGACUUCAUCUUGUUGGCAUGCAAGAGGAAGCCGUGUGGCAUCGGAGAUCCAUUCGUCAUCGCACUGCGCUCAGUGUCCCUGCCCACCCACCCUCCCACUGAAGGAUAUAACAGAGGAGAGGUCCUGUGUGCUGGAUUCACCAUACUGGAAACCAGCAGCAACACGUCACUGAUCAGUUACUACAACCAGGCAUCUCCAGAGGUCCUUCCCUACAUCUCCACAGAUAUUGCCGGCCUAUCCUCCUCUUUCUACCACAUCUUCUGCUCCUGCAGCCAAUACCUGACCAGGAACAGACUGCAGUCCGCCCCUGAGGUGCCGACUGGCCAACAUCAGGCCUCAAAUACAGGAAGUCCCACCUGUUGGACUGAAGCUCACAGUCUGUCAGUGGCUCUCCACAGCACCCCCCUGUAGACAGCCAGUGGUACCUUCCAGGCCAGUUUACAUAGCACAUGGUACUAUUAACACUG